UUGGGCGAUGAAAGGGUUAACGAUGCUGGCAAGCUUAUACUGGCGGUAUGCAAGGAAAAGGGUCUUCUUGUGACAAACACUAUGUUUAAUCACAAGAAAAUCCAUAUGUAUACUAGAGAAAGAAAGAAUGAGAGAAGUAUGAUCGAUUUGUUCCUGGUGGAUGACCGACUGCGAAAACAGGUUAUGGAUACGCGAGUGUUCAGGGGUGCUGACCUAGGAACGGAUCACUAUCUAAUGAUUACUAGAUUUAGGGGUCUGUUCGCGGGUUGGCGCUACCGGACGGCAGUGACAGAACCACAGUCGUUUUAUAUAACGUCAAAAGUAAUAAAUAGAUCGGUUCUUAAACAUUGA